AUGGCAGCAUCUUCCCUUGCAACAUCUUCCAUCCUCCUCCCAUUCACAACUACCCCGAAAUCCCCUCGCCUAUUUGCCUCUUUCCCUUGCAAAAACCAUACCCUCCUUCCCAACCUCCGUCUUGGAUACGUCUCAGUCUCAGCCUCAGCGGCUUCAACCCCAUCCCCCUCCAUCCAAGUCGACAAAUCUCCACUCUCUAACGCUCCUUCCAAGGUUCUUCCCUUUCGGGUGGGCCAUGGUUUUGAUCUCCAUCGGUUGGAGCCCGGUUACCCCCUCAUCAUCGGUGGAAUUAACAUACCCCACGAAAGAGGUUGCGAGGCUCAUUCCGAUGGGGACGUUCUGCUUCACUGCGUCGUCGAUGCUAUUCUAGGAGCGUUAGGUCUUCCUGAUAUAGGUCAAAUAUUUCCCGAUUCUGAUCCUAAGUGGAAGGGUUGUGCCUCUUCCGUCUUCAUCAAAGAAUCUGUUAGACUUAUGCAUGAGGCUGGUUAUGAGAUUGGAAAUUUAGAUGCUACAUUGAUACUUCAGAGGCCAAAACUAAGCCCACACAAGGAUACUAUCAAAGCCAACUUAUCUGCACUGCUUGGAGUGGACUCUUCUGUCGUAAAUAUCAAAGCAAAAACUCAUGAAAAGGUAGACAGCCUUGGAGAGAACAGGAGUAUAGCGGCUCACACAGUUGUUCUUCUUAUGAAGAAAUAA